UUUUUUUAAUGAGUGAAUCCACGGUACACAAACGUUAGGCAUGCUGAAGAGUUAUCUGUCACCCGGCUCCAGGCCAAGUUGAUCGAGAGGGUGAGACGGGGAGACAGGCUUGAGGGCUGGGCCGGGGCUGAGUGGCUGAGCGCGAGUGGUCUCCUGCUCCACGCACUCAUUGCAGCGGAAGGGACGGAUGCGACGAUUGAAGGCAUGGAGAUACGUGUGCGGCCCUGUCUCCGUUCUCAGAAGCCUUUUUAAAGCCUGGGGAACUUGCCCGAAUAUUUUACACGUUGACACUAUGAAGUGCUGUGACAAUCCCAUGUAAACACAACGUAGUGGAGGCCUUUGACCGUUGUUGGUGGACUGAUGGCUCCAGAGUGACAUGCCAUGGCUUUAAUGAUCCCGCCGGUAAAACUCAAAUGGUUGGAGCACCUAAACAGCUCAUGGAUCACAGAGGACAGCGAGUCGAUAGCCACCCGAGAAGGUGUUUCUGUCCUGUACUCAAAGCUGUUGGCCAACAAAGAGGUUGUGCUUCUACCCCAGCAGGUGCUUUGUCUAAAGGGUCCCCAACUACCUGACUUUGAGCGUGAGUCGCUGUCCAGCGAUGAACAGGAGCACUACUUGGAUGCUCUGCUGGGCAGCCAAUUGGCUUUGGCCAAGAUGGUUUGCUCUGACUCCCCCUUUGCUGCUGCCCUGCGGAAACGCGUCUUGAUUCUUCAACGUAUAUUCUAUGCACUUUCCAACAAGUAUCAUGACAAGGGAAAGGUGAAGCAGCCGCAGCACUCUCCAGAGAACAACCCGGGCUCCAGUGAUCUGCACUGUGUCAGUGAGCGGCCCCGCUCUAGCACUGAUGCACUCAUUGAGAUGGGUGUUCGCACAGGCCUCAGCCUUCUGUUUGCGCUGCUGCGACAGAGCUGGAUGAUGCCUCCUCCUCCCAGCCCAUGUGGGGGAGCUGGCGGAAACUUAAACUUGUGUAAUGAUGUCAUUCGUACGGCCAUUGAUGUAGUUAGUUCCCUGCCACCCCUUUCUCUGGCCAAUGAGAGUAAGAUCCCACCAAUGGGCCUGGACUGUCUGGCCCAGGUCACAACGUUUCUGAAGGGAGUUACUAUGCCAAACUCUGGGGCAGAUAUCUUAGGGCGACGGUUGGCCUCAGAGUUACUGCUAGGACUCGCCUCCCAGAGGGGUUCCCUUCGCUACUUGCUUGAAUGGAUUGAGAUGGCACUGGCAGCAUCAGCUGUGGUUAGUACUAUGGAAGAUAGUAAUGUGCUACAGAGCCAAGAGGGCCUCAUUGGCUAUGAUUGUUUCAUGAACAUCCUAAUGCAGAUGAGACGCUCAUUGGGCUCUUCAGGAGAUCGCAGUCAAUGGAGGGAACCCACACAGAACCCUGAUGGGCUAUGUUCAUUGUAUGAGGCAGCGCUCUGUCUUUUUGAAGAAGUAUGUCGAAUGGCAUCUGACUACUCCCGCACCUGUGUCAGUCCAGACAGCAUCCAGACGGGUGAAGCACCUGUAGUAUCUGAAACCUGUGAGGUGUAUGUGUGGGGAAGUAACAGCAGCCAUCAACUAGUGGAAGGUACCCAGGAGAAAAUCCUGCAACCUAAAUUGGCCCCCAGCUUUGCCGAUGCACAGACGAUUGAGGCAGGCCAGUACUGCACUUUUGUAAUCUCUUCUGAUGGCUCUGUGCGGGGAUGUGGGAAGGGAAGCUAUGGCCGCCUAGGCCUCGGGGACUCCAACAACCAAUCCACACUCAAGAAGCUGACAUUUGAACCCCACCGUGCCAUCAAGAAGGUGUCAUCGUCUAAGGGCUCAGAUGGCCACACACUGGCCUUCACUACGGAGGGUGAAGUGUUCAGCUGGGGUGACGGUGAUUAUGGCAAGCUGGGUCAUGGGAACAGCUCGACACAGAAAUACCCUAAACUUAUCCAAGGGCCGCUACAAGGAAAGGUGGUGGUAUGUGUAUCUGCUGGCUACAGACACAGUGCUGCUGUCAGUGAGGAUGGAGAGCUGUAUACGUGGGGGGAAGGUGAUUUUGGAAGAUUGGGUCAUGGUGACAGCAACAGUCGAAACAUUCCCACCUUGGUCAAAGACAUAAGCAAUGUGGGAGAAGUGUCAUGUGGUAGCUCUCAUACUAUUGCACUGUCAAAGGAUGGACGUACCGUGUGGUCUUUUGGAGGAGGAGACAAUGGCAAACUUGGUCAUGGUGAUACUAAUCGAGUUUACAAACCAAAAGUAGUGGAGGGCCUACAAGGGAUGUUCAUCAGAAAAGUGUGUGCUGGAAGCCAGUCGUCUCUUGCCUUAACUUCAACUGGACAGGUGUAUGCUUGGGGAUGCGGCGCUUGCCUGGGUUGUGGUUCUUCUGAGGCAACAGCACUCCGACCUAAACUUAUUGAGGAGCUGGCCACGACUAGGGUGGUGGACAUCUCCAUCGGGGACAGCCACUGUUUGGCCCUGUCGCAUGACAAUGAAGUAUAUGCAUGGGGAAACAACUCCAUGGGCCAGUGUGGGCAGGGAAACUCCACAGGACCAAUCACAAAGCCGAAAAAGAUAGUAGGCUUGGAUGGGGUGACUGUACAACAGAUUUCAGCUGGGACUUCCCAUAGUCUGGCCUGGACAGCCCUUCCCAGAGACAGGCAAGUGGUAGCCUGGCAUAGACCCUACUGUGUUGACCUCGAGGAAAGCACCUUCUCUCACUUACGCUCCUUCCUUGACCGCUAUUGUGAUGGUAUCAACAGUGAAGUUCCUCCUCUCCCCUUUCCUUCGUCUAGGGAGCAUCACAACUUUCUUAAAUUGUGCCUUCGGCUUUUAUCCAAUCAUCUGGCUCUGGCACUUGCCGGUGGAGUAGCUACAAGUAUCUUAGGUCGUCAAGCUAGGCCUCUGAGGAAUCUGCUCUUCAGACUGAUGGACUCUUCUGUGCCAGAUGAGAUACAGGAGGCAGUGAUUGAGACACUAUCUGUGGGAGCAACCAUGCUUCUGCCGCCACUGAGAGAGAGAAUGGAGCUUCUUCAUUCCUUGCUGCCUCAGGGCCCUGACAGAUGGGAAAGUCUGUCCAAAGGACAGAGAAUGCAGCUAGACAUCAUCCUGACUAGUCUCCAGGACCACACCCAUGUAGCUUCACUCUUGGGUUAUAGCUGUCCUGCUGAUGGUCCUGAACCGCUUAGCUGUGGCCUGGGAUUCACAGCAUCCCCUGACCCAAACAACAGCGCCACAGCAAGCCACCCUGACACACAUCUUGCAGAGAUCCUUAUGAAGACACUACUGAGGAACCUUGGUUUUUAUACUGAUCAGGCUUUUGGUGAGCUGGAAAAAAACAGUGACAAAUUGCAGCAGGGCAUGUCUUCCUCUGACAGCAGCCAACCAGCUCACCUCCACCAACUCCUUUGUUCCUUGCAGAAGCAGCUUUUAGCCUAUUGCCAUGUCAACCAUGUAACUGAGAACUCCAGCAGUGUUGCUCUGCUCCAUAAGCAUUUGCAACUCCUGCUACCUCACGCCACAGAUAUCUUCUCCCGUUCAGCCACUUUGAUUAAAGAGAGUUCCUGGAAUGGCAGUGUACGUGAGAAGCUACAAGAUGUGAUCUUUGUCUCAGCGGCAGGCAGUAUGCUGUGUCAGAUCACCAACUCAUUGCUUCUGCUUCCUGUGUCUGUGGCGAGGCCUUUGCUAAGCUACCUUCUUGACUUGUUGCCUCCACUGGACCGGCUAAACAGGCUGUUGCCUGCUGCCUUCCCUCUGGAGGACCAGGAGUUGCAGUGGCCUCUUCAUGGUAUGUCAGACUUCGCAGAGCCAGGUUCAGGAAUGUCUCUUCCGCAGUCAGCGCUGUCCUGGGUGUGGCUUGUUGACUUGGAGAGGACAGUAGCCUUGCUGGUAGGUCGUUGUCUUGGUGGGAUGUUGCAGGGCACCCCUGCCUCUCUUGAGGAGCAGGAUACUGGUUACUGGCUCAAAACCCCUCUUUUCAGCAAUGGAUUGGAGAUGGACAUUCCACAGCUGGAUGCUUCUAUCAGCUCGUUGCUGGAGGUUGCGCUGUCGGAUAAUGAAGAGCAGAAGCCUUUUGACUGCACAGUGCAUCCUAACUUAAGUAUCUUGGUGGAUUUGGCUUUAGGCUCCUCCAAAGAACCUUCCAACAGCCUCUGGAUCAGCAUGCAAGACUAUGCCAUUAGCAAAGAUUGGGACAACGCCUCUCUUUGUAACGAGUCUCUAUUAGAUACUGUAUCCCGGUUUGUUUUAGCAGCCUUGUUGAAGCACACCGGGUUGCUCAAACAAGCACAUGGAGAGGGAAGAGACCAGCCAUCGAAGUCCAUGGCAGAGGUCUAUCGCAGUGUUUAUAUUGUACGAAAUCGCCUGCUGGCAUGUAAGAAUAUGGAUUUCAUUCAGACGCGAUCUUCAUCCCGGGAGAGGAGGAUUUCAGACAAUCAGGACUCUCUAGACAUGGAUCCACAAGAACAUUCAUUCACCCGCACUAUUGAUGAGGAGGCUGAAUUGGAAGAGAGAGCUAACCGUGAGAGGGAAGAGGGCCAUCAGGAGCAAGAUGAUGAAGAGGAAGACCGGGAACAUGAAGUCAUGACAGCUGGAAAAAUCUUUCAAUGUUUCCUCUCAGCACGAGAGGUAGCACGUAGUCGGGACAGAGAGAGAGCUGCCAGCGUAGGCCUUGGCUCUAGCUUGGUUUCCAGGAGCGCAGGACCAGGAACCAGUGGAGGAGAGGAGGAUACAAUUCUGUCUCAAGAGGGAAGAAGGAGCAGUACGAUCCUCCCUGAAGGCCAGGACUUAUACACAGCAGCUUGUAACUCAGUUAUUCACCGCUGUGCCCUGCUAAUACUUGGGGUUAGCUCUGUGUUGGGUGAACUGACCAAACAGAACCAAGAAGAGGGACAAACUGCUACGGGAACACAAGACUCUCUAAGCUUCAUGACCAGGAGCGAGAGUCUGAGUGCAGAAAGCCGUUCAGUGCAAAGCAGUCCUAGCUACAGGUUGAUGAAAUCAAGGAGUGAGUCUGACCUCUCUCAGCCUGAAUCUGAUGAAGAAGGAUAUAAUCUGAGUGGAAGAAGAAAUGUUGACCUGGACUUGGUGUUCUCUCACAAAAAAAGAGGUCUACUUCAUACCUCCCCAGACUCACUGGCUGAGUCCUGGUUUCGUGCAAAACUUAGCCGUCAGCGGAGCUACAACUCAGCAUACUCCUAUGAAGAAUCAGACCUGGACCUGAACCACUCUCUUGGUAUUCAUGCUCUCAUUGACAAUAUGAUGAGCUUCAUCAAUGGAGAUGUCGGCCUGACUCCAGCAUUUAAAGAACCAGAAGAAAGCAUGUCAACCAGUCCACAGGCCACUAUCCUGGCCAUGGAGCAGCAACAAAGCAGGGCAGAGCUUAGGUUAGAAGCUCUCCAUCAAAUUGUGGUGCUGAUUGCUGGUAUGGAGGAGAAGGGCUGUCUCCCAGGAAACACAGAUCGCACUUGCAGUGCCUUCCAGUCCUCGUCCCUUCUCACCUCUGUCAGGUUGCAGUUCCUGGCUGGUUGUUUUGGCCUUGGGACUAUUGGCAAUGGAGGACUGAAGCGAGAGAGUGCGCAGCUGCAUCAUUAUCAGGAUGGUGUAAAAACGGCUAAAAGAAGCCUCCAAUUGGAAAUUCAGGCAGCAGUUCAUAAGAUUUACCAGCAACUAUCAGUAACACUGGAACGAGCGUUGCAUGCAAACAAACACCACAUAGAAGCCCAGCAGCGUCUUCUGCUGGUCACUGUAUUUGCACUGAGUGUGCGCUACCAGCCAGUAGAUGUCUCUCUGGCUAUUUCUAGCGGGCUGCUCAAUGUGCUGUCCCAGCUAUGUGGCACAGACACCAUGUUGGGAAAGCCCCUCCAGAUGCUACACAAACCAGGAGUAUCCCAGCUCAGCACUGCCCUCAAGGUGGCCUCUACACGGUUGCUGCAGAUACUGGCCAUCAGCACUGGGACAUAUGCAGACAAAUUGAGUCCAAAGGUUGUCCAAUCAUUGUUGGACCUCCUCUGCAGCCAGUUGAAGAACCUUCUAUCUCAGGCAGGAGUUAGUGUCCUGUCUUUUGGAAAAGACAAUAAAGAAACCAAACAAGCUGACUCGCCUGACUCUGAGAAGAAAGACUUAAGAGCGUUACUACACAAGCAACAUAUUGCUGAGCUACACUUGGGAGACUUUCUAGUAUUCCUAAGGAGAGUAGUGUCAUCCAAAGCCAUCCAGUCCAAGAUGGCCUCCCCAAAAUGGACUGAAGUGCUUCUUAAUAUUGCUGCACAGAAAUGCUGCUCUGGGGUCCCUCUAGUGGGGAACCUAAGAACCCGGCUUCUCGCACUUCAUGUCUUGGAGGCUGUCCUACCUGCAUGUGAGGCCUCUAUGGAGGAUGACCAAAUGACCCAGGUCGUUGAGCGGCUAUUCUCUCUGUUGUCUGACUGUAUGUGGGAAGCUCCCAUUGCUCAAGCCAGGCACUCCUUUGAGAUUAAGGAAAAAUUACAUGAACUGAAAUUGCAGGUUCGAAACAAAGGAGAGGCUGAAGAAGAGGAGGAGAACCUUCCCAUCCAAGAAGUGUCCUUUGACCCAGAAAAGGCCCAGUGUUGUGUGGUGGAAAAUGGACAAGGGCUGACACAUGGUAGUGGGGGUAAAGGCUAUGGCCUGGCCUCCACUGGAAUCUCUUCUGGGUGCUACCAGUGGAAGUUCUACAUUGUGAAGGAGAACCGAGGCAAUGAGGGCACAUGCGUAGGUGCGUCACGAUGGCCCGUGCAUGACUUCAACCACCGCACCACAUCAGAUAUGUGGUUAUAUCGAGCAUACAGUGGAAACCUCUAUCACAAUGGGGAACAAACCCUGACACUUAGCAGCUUUACCCAGGGAGACUUCAUCACUUGUAUUCUCGACAUGGAGGCCAGAACCAUUUCGUUUGGAAAGAAUGGAGAGGAACCCAAGUUAGCCUUUGAGGAUGUGGAUGCCACAGAACUUUACCCCUGUGUGAUGUUUUAUAGCAGUAACCCAGGGGAAAAGGUUAAGAUCUGUGACAUGCAGAUGCGAGGUCCACCUCGAGACCUUUUGGCCGGAGACCCAAUUUGUAGCCCGAUGUCCACUGUCCUGGCUGAGGCCACCACACAAUUAAUCCGAAUCUUACACCGCACUAAUGACUGGACACAUCGUAUUAACAAAACCAUGAUUGAACGUCUUCAAAAAAUCAAGCCUUGCUUCAGAGAGACAGCAAGUGCCUCUGCUAGCAGUGGUGGUCAGAGGCUGAAAAAGAGUCGCUCAGUGCACAGCCGGGAGGAGCAUGACACUCAGCGAGAAAGUCAAGAAACACCUACUAGGACUGAGGAAGAAAGGGGGCGCCACGGAAGACAGCAUGGCUUAGGCGAGCUUUCAGACCACCUCUUGACAACACUUUGCUCUGAGGUAUGGCCAGUCUUGGCUGUAAUCGGGGGGGCAGAUGCAGGUCUCCGUGUUGGUGGUCGAUGUGUUCACAAGCAGACUGGACGCCAUGCAACUUUGCUUGGAGUGGUGAAAGAAGGCAGUACCUCAGCCAAGGUGCAGUGGGACGAGGCCGAGAUCACCAUCAGCUUCCCAACUUUCUGGUCGCCUAGUGACACUCCAUUGUACAACCUGGAGCCCUGUGAGCCUCUGCCCUUCGAUGUUACACGUUUCCGUGGCCUCACACCCUCGCUCCUGUUGGAUCUCACAUACCUUACCAGCAUCCAUGAGGAAACAGCUGCUAAGCUCAGUGCACGGCGCCACGACAAGAGGCAUCGGAACGCACACUCAACAGGUCAUGACCAGCCGACCAGUACUGAAGACAAGGCAGACAAUGAUGUGCCCAACCAUAAUGAACUAAGAGACAAUGUUUUCACUGGAUCUGGAGCAAUUCCAAUUCCUGCUACCUGUGACCUGCGUGUGUCUCAUAGUCUGGAUGAGGUCAAGGCACAUGUGGUCCCCAAGUCAGAGAGUCGCAUUUCCUCAGCCGGUGGUGGUGGUGUUGGUGGAAAUGACACACUUUUUCUCGCUCCUGUUGAGGGGACCAGGAAGAAAAGCCACGAGCAUGGCUCUCGUAGCCAUGAGCCAUAUCCAUCUUUUAUUGCUACCCAGUCGGAGUUCCACGCGGUUCAACUUUCCUAUCUCUACCUGGGAGCCAUGAAGACCCUCAGUGUUUUGCUUAGCUGCAGCAAGUAUGCGGAGCUUCUACUUAUACCAAAGGUGUUACCAGAAUCCACUGGACAUAAUGCUGAUGUUAAUGCCAAUGCCAGUGCAAGCACGACUGCCACAUCCCCAAUAUGUCAAGAAGAGAUGGAAAUGCGGGCUGCUCUUCAAUUUCUCAUGCGUCAUAUGGUGAAGCGGGCAGUCUGGCGCUCCCCUAUCAAGCGGGCUUUGGGGCUGUCGGACCUGGAGAGGGCACAGGCCAUAAUCUACAAGCUUGUGAUCAAUGGGCUGCUGGAAGAAUCCACUGGGAUAAAGGUUAAACCUGGUGUAAGACUUGAGCCAGAGAGUGAAGGCGAGUGUGUAGAGGGUGAACAGCUGAUACAGACACCAGUCACCACCAGCCCCUCUGCCUCUAGUACCACUUCUUUCAUGAGCUCCUCUCUAGAAGAUACCACCACUGCAACAACACCUGUCACGGACACUGAAACUGUCCCUGCCUCAGAGUCUCCAGGGGUCAUGCCCCUCAGUCUUCUCAGGCAAAUGUUCUCCAGCUACCCAACAACCACCUUGAUUCCAACUCGACGAGCACAAACACCUCCUGUGUCAUCUCUACCAACAUCGCCUUCUGAUGACGUCGGUCGCAGACAGAGCCUGACCUCCCCUGACUCACAGCCGAGCAGACCGCAAAACAGGUCUGGUACCUCUCUUUCCGACCCCAGCAGUAGGCUAUCAACAUCUCCACCCCCUCCUGCAAUUGCUGUACCCCUGCUGGAAAUGGGCUUCUCCUUGCACCAAAUCACCAAAGCUUUGGAGGCCACUGGUGCAAGAGAAGAAGCAGAUGCCCAGAACAUCACAGUGCUGGCCAUGUGGAUGAUAGAACAUCCUGGUACAGACGACGGGCAUGAUGAGCCUCCCACGAGAGGCAGUGGUGUUGGAGGUGAUGUGUCUGACUCCUCAUGUCCUGGUGCAAUAGCAUCUGGCAGAGCCAAAUCUCGGGAUAGAAACUCCUAUGUUUCUUCGCCUGGAGAUGCUGAUGCUGAUGCUUCUGAAAUGGAAGAGGGCUUUAGUGAAAGUCCAGAGGGACAAGAGCAGGAUAAUGCAUCAGCUUCUAGUGGUGUUCCCCUGAGAGGACGUUCUGCUGUGUCUAGGAAGCACCACUUUGACCUGGCCGCACGAAGAUUGUUUGCCCGUGCUGCUGGAUUGUACCGGUCAGUGCAGGCCCAACACAGCCAGUCACGCAGGGAGGUCCCAUCUCACCUGCCGCAACAAGACCCAGGUGCCCUAUAUGACUUCAACCUUCUGGAUGAAGAGCUUGAGAUGGACCUGGAUGAGGAGACGAUGGAGGUCAUGUUUGGCCAGGACCUUGCCAGUGACACUGACAUUCUGGGAAUGUGGAUCCCGGAGGUACUGGACUGGCCAAGAUGGCAUGUAUGUGAGACAGAUGACCGUGAUGAAAUGGUGGUGUGUGAACUGUGCGAAGCAAAUGUAGCCAACUUCAAUCAACAUAUGAAGAAAAGCCACCCUGGUUGCGGUCGCAGUGCCAACCGGCAAGGAUACCGUAGCAACGGCUCCUAUGUAGAUGGCUGGUUUGGAGGGGAGUGUGGCAGUGGAAACCCCUACUACCUUCUUUGUGGUGCCUGUAGAGAGAAAUAUUUAGCCAUCAAAAGCAAGGCAAAAGUUCCUAUUGUAGAAAGGUAUAAGGGUCAGGCCCCUGACCUGCUGGGAAAGCAAGACAGUGUCUAUGAAGAGGACUGGGACAUGAUGGAUGUUGAUGAAGAUGAGAAGCUAACAGGGGAAGAAGAAUUUGAGCUUUUGGCAGGUCCACUAGGUCUGAGUGAACGCAAGACUGUCCCAGAGGCUGUGCAGUUCCCUGAUAGUGACCCUUUAGGGGCCUCUGCAGCCAUGGUAACUGCCACCAACAGUAUGGAGGAGACACUGCUGCAGAUUGGUUGUCAGAUAUCAGUGGAUAAGAGUUCUUCAGGCAGGGUAACACUUGGGGAACAGGCAGCCGCCCUGCAGAACCCCCAUGACCGAGUAAUGGCCCUGAGAAGGGUGACUUCUGCAGCCCAGGUUCUGCUUGCCAGGACCAUGGUGAUGAGAGCGCUGUCUCUGCUCUCUGUCAGCGGUUCGAGCUGCAGCCUUGCAGCUGGCCUGGAAUCACUUGGCUUAACAGAUAUCAGGACUCUUGUCAGGUUCAUGUGCCUGGCAGCAGCAGGCCGAGCCGGACUUUCUACUGGUCCUACAGCAGCCUCUGGUCAUCCUGAAAGGACACGUGGAGCUGCCAAGUCCAGCAAACCCAUUUCCUGUCUCGCUUAUCUCAGCACAGCAGUGGGCUGCUUGGCCUCCAACAGCCCCAAUGCUGCCAAACUGUUGGUGCAGCUCUGCACUCAGAAUCUGAUCUCCGCAGCAACAGGCAUGAAUUUGACAACAGUAGAUGAUCCUGUCCAGAGGAAAUUCCUACCCAGUUUCCUACGUGGUGUGGCGGAGGAGAACAAGCUUAUUACCUCUCCUAACUUUGUAGUGACACAGGCUCUGGUAGCUCUCCUGGCAGAUAAAGUGGCCAAACUUAGGCCUGCUUAUGACAAGGCUGAUAUGGAAAAAAGAGCAGGUCUAAUUGCGCAUUUGUAUGCCCAUCCUUCCCAUAAUCCUUCCGCUGUAGGCCCUCUGGAGCUAGCCAAUGCUCUGGCAGCCUGCUGCCUGUCCUCCAGGCUUUCUUCACAACAUCGACAGUGGGCCGCCCAGCAGCUGGUGCGCACACUAGCCGCCCAUGACCGUGACAAUCAGAGCAGGCCACAGACCUUUGCCGAUAUGGCAGGGGACCUGCGGAAGUGCUCUUUUAUCAAGUUAGAAGCUCAUCAGAGUAGGGUGCUCACCUGCUGUUGGUGCAAAAAGAAAGGUUUAUUGGCAACUAGUGGCAAUGAUGGCACAGUUAGGGUGUGGAACGUUACCAAAAGCCAGUAUACCCUCCAGCAGACCUGCAUCUUCAAUAAGGAAGAUGGUUCUUCAGCAGAGGGCCGGACAUGUUUGGGAUCACCUAGUGAUUUUUGCCUAACUCCACUGGCUUGGAGUGUGACUGGAAAAUAUCUUGCGUCUGCCGUGGAGAAAAUGGUCAACAUCUGGCAAGUGAAUGGCGGUAAAGGCCUUUUGGAUGUGCAGCCUCACUGGGUUUCAGCCCUGGCUUGGCCUGAAGACGAAGCAGAAUCUUUGUGGUCUGGGGAACCCACAGACAUGCUUCUGGUGGGUCGAAUGGAUGGAUCGCUGGGCCUCAUUGAAGUACUGGAUUCCUGCAGUAUGCACCGCACUGAGCUGGAGCACUGUUACAGGAAAGAUGUGGCAGUGAUGAACAUAGCAUGGUACAGAGAAGACAAGCCCUUUGCAGUGGGCUACGCAGACGGCAAGCUACUGAUUGGAUCCAAAGAGCCCUUAGAACAAGGAGCCAUUGUGGUCAUUGAUGCACACAAGGAAUCAAUCACUAACAUGAAGUGGAGUCCUACGGGUCAAAUCUUGAUGACAUGUGCCAAAGAAGAGACUGUGAAGCUUUGGGCCAAUCCCGACUCACGUUCUGAACUGGGCACUGGCUGGCGUUGUUUAAUGACUCUUAAACAACCCUCUCUGGUUAAUGGUGUUGCCUGGUGCAGCUUACCUGGAUGUGGCCCAAAGCCCCUCAGCAUGCUAGCUAUAUGCUGUCAAAACGGUCUGGUCACAGUCUGGACUGUUCCACAGGAAAUCUCAAACUUUCCAGAAUCCUGUUCCUCAGACUCCGAUGGGUGGUGGGAGAAAGAAACUAAUCCUAAACACAUGUCGUCACAAUGGUCACAAGAUGGAGCAACGUGUGUUUUCCAAUUGAAGGGUCACAUCACUCCAGUGAGAAUGGUUGUCUUUAGUCCUGACGGUCUUGCUUUGGCCUCUGGGGGAGUUGGAGGCCUCAUGAACAUCUGGUCCCUGAGAGAUGGGUCAGUAGUUCAAACAGUUGUUGCUGGUUCAGGAGCCAUUCAGAAUAUUGUGUGGAUCCCUGAUGUGGGUGUUGCUGUCUGCUCCAACAGGUCAAAGGACGUGUUGGUUGUAAAUUGUUCAAAAGAGUUCAUGGCAACCAACCAUGUGCUGGCCACUUGCCGCACAGCUCUUAAGAAGCAGGGUGUAGUUGGCCUCAACAUGGCGCCUUGCAUGAGGGCCUUCCUGGAGAGACUACCUCUUAUGUUGCAGGAGCAGUAUGCAUAUGAGAAGCCUCAUGUAGUAUGUGGGGAGCAGCUUAUCCACAGCCCCUACAUGCAGUGCCUCGCCUCUCUGGCAGUGGGACUCCACCUGGACCAGCUCCUGUGCUGCCCACCAGUGCCACCUUCUCUCCGACACUGCCCACCCGAGUCUGGUACUGCCAUCUGGAGUGCCAGUGAGUGGGCCUGGCUGGACUGCUUCUCAACAACAGUGAAGGCAGCAGAGGCCCUGGCUCGAGGUGCUACCUUCCCUCAGUCCUUUACUGUUCCUGACCUGGAACCUGUUCCAAAAGAUGAAAUGACCUUGCUCAUGGACAAUGCUAAAUGGGUCUCUGGUAUGGAUGAACAAAUCAUGUCCUGGGCAACCUCUAGACCUGAGGACUGGCACCUGGGAGGGAAAUGCGAUGUGUAUUUGUGGGGUGCUGGGCGACAUGGUCAGUUGGCUGAGGCAGGCAGAAACCUCUUGAUACCAACCAUUGCACCCUCCUUCUCACAGGCGCAACAGGUCGUGUGUGGUCAGAACUGCACGUUUGUUAUGCAGCCUAACGGGACUGUGUUGGCCUGUGGAGAGGGAAGCUAUGGCCGUCUGGGACAAGGCAACUCUGAUGACCUGCAUGUCCUCACUGUCAUCUCAGCUCUUCAAGGUUUUGUGGUGACUCAGCUGGUGACAUCAUGUGGUAGUGACGGCCACUCGAUGGCUCUGACAGAGAGUGGUGAGGUGUUUAGCUGGGGCGAUGGUGACUAUGGCAAGCUGGGCCAUGGAAACAGUGACCGCCAGCGCCGACCAAGACAGAUUGAAGCUCUUCAAGGAGAAGAGGUGGUGCAGAUGUCAUGCGGGUUCAAACACUCAGCUGUGGUCACAGCUGAUGGAAAGCUUUUCACUUUUGGCAAUGGUGAUUACGGCAGACUUGGUUUGGGUAACACUUCCAACAAGAAGCUGCCAGAGAAGGUUACGGCUCUGGAAGGAUACCAAGUUGGUCAGGUUACAUGUGGUUUAAACCACACAUUGGUCGUUUCUGCUGAUGGAAUGAUGGUGUGGGCUUUUGGAGAUGGAGACUAUGGAAAACUGGGACUCGGGAAUUCUACAGCCAAGUCUUCACCUCAGAAGGUGGAAAUGCUGUGUGGAAUUGGCAUCAAAAAAGUAGCUUGUGGAACACAGUUCUCUGUGGCUUUAACAAAAGAUGGCAAAGUUUUUACCUUUGGUAAAGACCGCCUAAUUGGUUUGCCAGAAGCCCGGGCAAGGAAUCACAACCGUCCCCAACAGGUGCCCGCUCUGUCUGGGGUCCACAUCCAGGAUGUUGCUGCAGGGGCUGAGCACACUUUGGCUCUCUCCUCCACAGGGGACGUCUACACAUGGGGAAGCAACUUAGAGGGCCAGCUGGGUCUGGCCCACACCAACCACGUAAGAGAACCUACCCUGGUGUCAGUGCUGCAAAACAAGGGCAUCAACCAGAUCACUGCUGGACGCUGCCAUAGUGCAGCUUGGACCGCUCCCUCAGUACCCCCCCGAGCACCAGGCUCUUCAGUGCCUCUCCAGCUUGGUCUGCCUGUGGCUGUACCUCCUCAGUACAGCGUGCUCAAGGAAGUGAGCAUGGAGGCAGUGAGGGCUCGGCUCCGCCUCCUUUAUCACUUUUCUGACCUCAUGUACUCAUCUUGGAGACUUCUCAACCUCAGUCCCAACAACCAGAGCUGCACCUCCCGCUACAACGCAGGUACCUGGGGCAUUGUUCAGGGUCAGUUAAGACCCUUGUUAGCCCCAAGAGUGUACACUCUACCCAUGGUACGCUCUAUUGGCAAAACCAUGGUGCAAGGCAAGAACUACGGUCCCCAGAUCACUGUCAAACGAAUCUCCACAAGAGGACGGAAAUGUAAACCCAUUUUCGUGCAGAUUGCCCGUCAAGUUGUGAAACUGAAUGCUUCAGACCUUCGUCUUCCCUCAAGAGCCUGGAAGGUGAAGCUGGUGGGGGAGGGAGCUGAUGACGCAGGGGGGGUGUUUGAUGAUACUAUCACAGAGAUGUGUCAGGAGUUGGAGACCGGUGUGGUAGACCUGCUCAUCCCAUCCCCCAAUGCCACUGCAGAGGUUGGCUACAACAGAGACAGGUUCCUCCUCAACCCAUCUUCCUGCUUGGAUGAGCACAUGCUCCAGUUUAAAUUUCUUGGCAUCCUGAUGGGUGUAGCCAUUCGUACUAAGAAGCCCCUGGACCUUCACCUGGCACCUCUGGUGUGGAAACAGCUGUGCUGUAUCCCCCUGCUCCUUGAAGAUCUGGAGGAAGUGGACCUCCUUUACGUGCAGACGCUGAAAAGCAUUCUUCACAUCGAAGACGGCAGCAUUACUGAGGAUAAUUUCCACGAGAUGAUUCCUCUAGAUUCCUUUGUCGGGCAGAGUGCAGAUGGUAAGAUGGUGCCCAUCAUCCCAGGAGGAAACAGCAUCCCGCUCACUUUCUCCAACAGAAAGGAAUAUGUGGAAAGAGCUAUUGAGUACCGCCUACAUGAAAUUAAUCGCCAGGUGGCCGCCGUGCGUGAAGGUAUGUCAUGGAUCGUGCCGGUGCCGCUGAUGUCCCUGCUGACGCCCAAGCAGCUGGAGCAGAUGGUGUGCGGAAUGCCCAAGAUCUGCUGUGAUGUGCUGAAGAAGGUGGUGCGUUACCGAGAGGUGGACGAGCAGCACUCCCUGGUGCAGUGGUUCUGGCAGACUCUGGAAGAGUUCUCCAACGAGGAGCGAGUGCUCUUUAUGCGCUUUGUGUCCGGACGCUCGAGGCUGCCCGCCAACACGGCCGACAUCUCUCAGAGGUUUCAGAUCAUGAAAGUGGACAGACCGUAUGACAGCCUGCCCACCUCUCAGACUUGUUUCUUCCAGCUGCGUCUGCCGCCGUACUCCAGCCAGGCUGUCAUGGCUGAGCGGCUGCGCUACGCCAUCAACAACUGCCGCUCCAUCGACAUGGACAACUACAUGCUCUCUCGUAAUGUGGACAAUGCUGAGGGCUCUGAUACAGACUACUGAUGCGCACUUGAAACACAUCGGAGCACCAGGAAUGAGCUGGCAUGCCCGGAUUUACCUGAAUGCCUCACAAACCCUUAGAUUCAUCAUCAUCACUGCAGUAGUACAGGAACUCCAGAGCAGAUGGACCACAUUUUACAUUCAUUUUGAUGUAUUUUCAAGAUGCACACAUUUUAUUUGUCCUUGUGGGUUUGAUACUAUUUUUAACAACACAAAAAUCUUCACAAGUGCAUUUAGUUUUUUUUUUGUUUUUUUUUGUUUUUCCUUUACUCCAACAUCCCAUUUUUGGGGCACUGCAUGGAGUUAUUUCUUUGAAAAUGUGCAUAGGAUAUUCAAGAAGGAAUUUAGGACAAAUAUAUCGUGUACAUUGUGUAAAAUGCCUCAUGAUAAAUUUCUUGCUGUAACAUCCAUAUUUAUUGUUUUAUUGCCUGAACCUGGUUUCCCAAAGCAUCCAAACCAACAAUAAAUGCUGCAGAAUGA